AACAAAUCUUGUCUCUACACCUCCAUUCCCAGGGCGAGUUCAUUCUCUCGUAGCAAGCUUCCUCGGGUGAAUUUUCUUCUAAAAGAGUCCAGGGGGACAGGUAAGGAGUGGGAGGCAGGGAGUCCAGUUCGGGGACGGGGAUACCGGAUGAAAAGUGAAGGGAGAGGGACGGGGCCCGUGCUGAGGGUUUCUCUCUGGUUUCUCAGCAGCUCCUGGGCCAAGACUCAGGGAGACAUUGAGACAGAGCGCUUGGCACAGGACGAGCGGGGUCAGGGCGAAGUCCCAGGGCCCCAGGGGUGGCUCUGAUGGUCUCAGACCCCGAAGGCGGUGUAUGGAUUGGGGAGGCGCAGCGUUGGGGACUCCUCAUCUCCGCAGAGUUUCUCUUCCUCUCCCAACCUGUGUCGGGUCCUUCUUCCUGGAUACUCACGACGGGGACCCAGUUCCUACUCCCAUUGGGUGCCGGGUUUCUAGAGAAGCCAAUCAGCGUUGCCGCGGUCCCGGUUCUAAGGUCCCCAGUCACCCACCCGGACUCAGAUUCUCCCCAGACGCCGAGGAUGGCGCUCAUGGCGCCCCGAACCCUCCUCCUGCUGCUCUCCGGGGCCCUGGCCCUGACCGAGACCUGGGCAGGCUCCCACUCCAUGAGGUAUUUCAGCACCGCCGUGUCCCGGCCCGGCCGCGGGGAGCCCCGGUACAUAGAAGUCGGCUACGUGGACGACACGCAGAUCGUGCGGUUCGACAGCGACGCCGCGAUUCCGAGGAUGGAGCCGCGGGCGCCGUGGAUGGAGCAGGAGGGGCCGGAGUAUUGGGAGGAGCAGACACGGAUCGCCAAGGCCAACGCACAGACUUCCCGAGUGAACCUGCGGAUCGCGCUCGGCUACUACAACCAGAGCGAGGCUGGGUCUCACACCUUCCAGAGGAUGUAUGGCUGCGACCUGGGGCCGGACGGGCGCCUCCUCCGCGGGUAUCACCAGCACGCCUACGACGGCAAGGACUACAUCGCCCUGAACGAGGACAUGCGCUCCUGGACCGCCGCGGACACGGCGGCUCAGAUCACCCAGCGCAAGUGGGAGGCGGCCAAUGUGGUGGAGCAAGAGAGAGCCUCCCUGGAGGGCGAGUGCCUGGAGUGGCUCCGCAGAUACCUGGAGAACGGGAAGGAGACUCUGCAGGGCGCGGAGCACCCCAAGACACACGUGUCACAUCACCCCAUCUCUGACCAUGAGGCCACCCUGAGGUGCUGGGCCCUGGGCUUCUACCCUGCGGAGAUCACACUGACCUGGCAGCGGGAUGGGGAGGACCAGACCCAGGACACAGAGCUGGUAGAGACCAGGCCCAUGGGGGAUGGAACCUUCCAGAAGUGGGCGGCUGUGGUGGUGCCUUCUGGAGAGGAGCAGAGAUACACAUGCUAUGUGCACCACGAGGGGCUACCCAAGCCCCUCACCCUGAGAUGGGAGCCGCCUUCCCAGCGCACCAUCUCCAUCGUGGUUAUCCUUGCUGUCCUUGGAGCUGUAGUCGUUGGAGCUGUGGUCACUGCUGUGAUGUGGAGGAAGAAGAGCUCAGAUAAAAAAGGAGGAAGCUACUCUCAGGCUGCAAGCAGCGACAGUUCCCAGGGCUCUGAUGUGUCUCUCACGGCUUGUAAAGUGUGAGACAGCUGCCUUGUGUGGGACUGAGAGGUAAGAUUUAUACACACUCUCCGUUUGUGACUUCAAGAACCCUGACUUCUCUUUCUGCAAAGGCAUCUGAAUGUGUCUGUGUCCCUAUAGGCAUAAUGUGAGGAGGUGGGGAGACAAGCCCAGCCCCGUGUCCACCAUGACCCCUUCCCCAUGCUAACCUGCAUUCCUUCCCUGGUCACCUUUCCUGUUCCAGAGGCCUGGGGCUGGGAUGUCUCCAUCUCUAUCUCUCAACUUCAUGGUGCACUGAGCUGUAACUUCGUACUUUCCUGUUAAAAUUAGAAUCUUAAUAUAAUUUAUUUUGUCAGAUUAUUUCUAUGAGAGGCAAUGGGUUAAUUAAAAGAAAAAAUUACUGAAAUUUCAGAGACAAAAUAAAUGCAAGACCUGAGAACCUUC